AUGGCCAAGAGCAUUCGAUCCAGCGUGCAGAAACGCAACAGGGCCAAGCUGAGAGCUACAGUUUUUGGGCCUGCCGUGGACGCCCGCACGGCAAGGCUCUCUGCGAAGCUGCAGGAGUUAGCAGCUCAGCCCCGACCGAAAGAUACGGAUGCAGCUGGUAUGGAAGUGGACAAUACUACCGACAAGCAAGAUGCAGAUGCUGCCAACCACAAAGGGCAGAACUCGGAUGCUGAAAUGGAUAUCGAUGGAGUGAAUCAAUCUACUACCAAGACACAUUCCUCGAAAAAGAACGGUCGUGUGCAAAAGCGUCGCAACAAGAAGCCCCGUUCGUCGAUUGUAUUUCCGCGGAACCCUCACAAAGAAAAGAGGGCCUCCAAGAGAAAGUGAUCUGGGUGGUGAGCUUUAAGGAUCUGCUUUAUUAUGUUGACAAGGCGCUGGCGUCUGGGCUGUUAUUGGAAGUGAUACAUCGACAUUGGCAAUCAUCAUGAAUACUUCGUGCCUUUUCCCCUCAGGUCAACCUCGACACAAUCUCCGAACCGACGAAUGGUCCCAGAUGUUUGGUCCGGUUGUCAAUGGGCGUCCUGAGUAUAAGUAUAUUAGAUUAAAUAAUAUCGUAUAUUCAAACUUCCCGGCAUUAGUAUACAUUUGUU